AUGAAGAAAGAAAACAACCUCGUUCUCAUCUUACCUUUAUUUUUCAUCAUAUUGAUGAUGCAAGUUGGAGAAGCACAGAAUAUGGCAACUGAUGUUGAAGUGGGAAUCGUGAAUGAUGUAGGAAUGGCAUACUCCAACAUGACUUUGCUUUGUAUCGACAUGUCUCUCUCGGAUUUCUACUCUUCCCAUCCAGAAACCCGGACAAGACUUGUAACCACCAUUGUUGACUCAAAAAACGAUGUUGUCCUCGCAGCAGCAGCAGCUCUUGAACUGAUAACCAACAAGGAAGUGAAAGCAAUUCUAGGGCCAUGGAGUUCUAUGCAGACUCAAUUCAUGAUUGAGAUAGGAAAAAAAUCUCAGGUACCAAUUGUUUCAUAUUCUGCAACCAGUCCAUUCCUAUCUUCCAUUCGUAGUCAAUACUUCUUUCGGGCUACAUAUGAUGAUUCAUCCCAAGUGCACGCCAUUAAGGCAAUCAUCAAACUUUUUGGAUGGAGAGAGGUUGCACCUAUUUACGUUGACAACACUUUUGGAGAAGGUAUAAUGCCUCAGCUUACAGAUGCGUUACAGGAGAUUAACGUUCGUAUACCUUAUAGAACCGUGAUCUCUCCCAAUGCAACGGAUGAUGAAAUCUCUGUGAAACUUCUCCGGAUGAUGAGUCUACCCACUAGAAUAUUUGUUGUCCACUUUGGUAAUUUGCUUGCCUCAAGAUUUUUUGCCAAAGCUAAGGAAGCUGGAAUGAUGAAACAAGGAUAUGUAUGGAUCCUCACAACCGCCAUGGCAGAUGCUCUUAGUUUCAUGAAGGAGACAGAAACUGAUACAAUACAGGGGGUCUUGGGGGUAAAGACUUAUGUGCCGAGAUCCGACGAGCUUGAAGCAUUUAAAUCUCGAUGGAUGGAAAGGUUCCCAAUAUCUGACCUGAACGUGUAUGGACUGUGGGCUUAUGAUGCCACCACUGCACUUGCAAUGGCCAUAGAAGAAGCUGGCACAUCAAAUUUGACUUUUGUAAAGACAGAUGAUGCCAUGAGGAACAUGUCUGGCUUUCAAGGUCUAGGUGUAUCUCAGUAUGGUCCAAAACUUCUCCACACACUCUCUGGAGUUCGGUUCAAAGGUCUUGCUGGUGAUUUCCAAUUUAUAAAUGGAGAACUGCAACCAUCAGUGUUUGAGAUUGUUAACGUGAAUGGGCAUGGAGGAAGAACCAUAGGAUUUUGGACAAAAGAACAUGGUCUCUUGAAGAGCGUCGACCAAAAACCAGCUACCACAACCAGUUUCUCUACUUGGAAAGAUCGACUCAGACAAAUUAUAUGGCCUGGAGACACCAUCUCUGUACCCAAAGGAUGGGAGAUCCCAACAAAUGGGAAAAGGCUGAAGAUUGGAGUCCCAACUGAUAGCGGUUUUCCACAAUUCUUGACGGAUAGAAGGGAUCCUAUCACCAAUUCAAUAAUUUUCAGUGGAUUCUGCAUCGACUACUUUGACGCUGUUAUUAAGGCUAUGCCCUAUGAUGUUUCUUAUGACUUCAUCCCCGUAACAGGUCUUAAUUAUGACACUUUAGUCUACCAAGUGUACCUAGGGAAAUAUGACGCUGUGGUGGCAGAUACAACAAUAUCUGCAAACAGGUCAAAGUAUGUUGAGUUUUCAUUGCCAUACACACCAUCAGGUGUGGGUCUGGUCGUCCCUCUUAAAGAAAAAGUUAAAAGAAGCAGAGAAAGAGUGCUUAGCUUCUGGGCAAGGCUGGUGGUAAUCAUUUGGUACUUCUUAGUACUUGUGUUGACUCAGAGUUACACCGCUAGCUUGGCAUCGCUUCUUACAUCACAGCAGCUUCAUCCAACUGUAACCAACAUAAAUACCUUGCUGGCAAAGGGAGCAAGUGUGGGAUAUCAAAGGAGUUACUUCAUUUUGAGAAGACUCAGAGAAUCAGGUUUCUCAGAUGCUAAUCUCGUAACCUAUAAAUCUCCAGAAAACUGUGACGAUCUACUGAGCAAAGGACCAGCAAGAGGCGGUGUUUCUGCAGUUUUCAUGGAAGUUCCAUAUGUGAGACUCUUUCUCGGACAGUACUGUAACAAGUAUAAAAUGGUUCAAACACCAUUCAAGGUCGAUGGGUUUGGCUUUGUAUUUCCCAUUGGAUCCCCUCUAGUGGCUGAUGUCUCAAGGGCCAUUCUAAAAGUGGAAGAGUCUAACAAGGCAAACCAACUAGAGAACGCAUGGUUCAAGAACAUAGAUGAAAGCUGCCCAGAUCCACUCACAAACCCGGACCCAAAUCCAUCUGAAUCCUUCCUGCAACUUGGGAUCGACAGUUUUUGGGUUUUGUUUCUCACUGCAGCCAUAGUCUGUGCUAUUGCAUUGGGAAAAUUUGUGUUUCAGUUCUUGAAGGAGAACCAAGACCAAAGAAACCUGCAAGGAUUAUGGGAAAGGUUCCUUCAGCCAGAUCAAAAGUCAUACAUAAACAAAGUGAAGAAAUGUCAAUGCUCCUCAAGCCAAGUCAUGCCAGAGAAUAACCAUGAAGAAGUAAACAAUGGCAGUCAAAGUUAA